AUGAGAAAGUCCAAAAGUCAACUACAAAUGAGGACGUUUGUGCAUAUUUUUCAAAGCUGUAAUCAAGACAGCGUCACAGUUUUGGCUAUUGUAGAUGGCGUCCUGAAACAGCUCAAAGCAACAAUACCUGAAUUACGUCGUGUGCACUUCAGACAGGAUAAUGCUGGAUGCUACCACAGUGCGUCCAUAUUACUGGUAAUUGAGCAGGUAGCAAAGAAGUCUGACAUCAACAUCACAGUGGACUUAUCUGAUCCACAAUGGGGCAAAGGUUCGUGUGACCGCAAAGCAGCCACCAUCAAGUGCCACAUGAGGAGAUUCCUAAACUCUGGUCAUGAUAUCGAGACUGCCGAGCAAAUGAAGAGUGCCAUGGUGUCCUCUGGUGGACCUACCUGGAGUAAGAGUCAUGUUGUGCGGUUCAAAAGAUAUUCUUAA